AUGGGGCUACAAAUUCUUAUUCUCUUUACCGUGCAACAUGGAUUUGGGAGUGGAAAGAAAUAUAUUGGACCUUGUGGAGGAAGAGAUUGUUCCAUUUGCCAUUGUUUUCCUGAGAAAGGAUCACGGGGUCUGCCUGGACCACCAGGGCCACAAGGUCCCAUUGGAUCUCUGGGACUCCCAGGGCCCAUUGGGAUUCCAGGAGAGAAAGGGAUGAGAGGAGAGGGCGGCCCGCCUGGAGCAGCAGGCGAGAAGGGAGACAAGGGCCCAACUGGUGUUCCUGGAUUUCCAGGUUUGGAUGGCAUACCUGGACACCCAGGGCCUCCUGGACCCAGAGGCAAGCCGGGCAUAGAUGGCUACAAUGGCUCAAGAGGUGAUCCCGGGCGUCCGGGAGAAAAUGGAGCUCCUGGCCCAGGGGGUCUCCCGGGUCUUCCUGGAGAAACUGGAGAAAAAGGAGAUUCUGUGUACAUUUUGGGUGGCAUUAAAGGCAUUCAGGGGGACAGAGGGAUCCCAGGACCUCCUGGCUUCCCGGGACCUCGGGGGCCUAGUGGUCCAGCAGGCCCCAGGGGCUAUCCAGGAGGGCCGGGAUUAACAGGACCUCCUGGCCAUAGUGGGCUUCCAGGACUGAAGGGUAACCCUGCUGUGGGAGUGAAGGGGCAGAAGGGUUCCCCGGGUGAAGUUGGGCAGCAAGGUUCUCCAGGACCAACCCUGUUGGUAGAACCACCUGAUUCAAGUCUGUUAAAAGGAGAAAAGGGUAGGAAAGGGAUGCCUGGAGCCGUGGGGCCGCCAGGACCUUUUGGAUUCAAGGGAAAACCUGGCAUAGGGGCAAAAGGAGAAAAAGGUAUUGCUGGAUUCCCAGGGCCUCCGGGUUACCCUGGUUUGCGUGGAUCUCCAGGCUUCCCAGGACUAAAGGGGGACCUUGGCGACCGUGGACACCCUGGACCACCAGGUGUUUUGGUAACCCCAUCUGUUCCAAUUAAAGGCCCUCCAGGAGACCCAGGCUUCCCUGGCCGCUAUGGAGAAGUGGGGGCAGUUGGGCCACCUGGCCCCCCAGGUCUCUCAGGCCAACCCGGAGAAGCCAGAGCAGGAAUGAUGGGACCUCCUGGCCCUCGAGGAUUUCCUGGUUAUCCAGGGCUUCCAGGCACCGCGGGAAUUCCUGGGAGAGCCGACUCCGCUCCAGGAAGACCAGGGAACCCAGGACCACCUGGCCUGCCCGGCCCGCCGGGGAUGCAGGGACUCCCAGGAUCAGAUGUUAUACAUUGUAUUCCUGGCCACCCUGGACCACCAGGCAUAAAAGGCAAAAUGGGUCCUCCAGGAAGAAGAGGCUCAAAAGGAGAAAAAGGAAAUGAGGGGCUCUGUGCCUGUGAGCCUGGCCCCAUGGGACUCCCUGGCCCCCCAGGACACCCUGGGCUGCAGGGAACUAAGGGAGACUUAGGACCCCCAGGGUUGUUUGGAGAAAAAGGUGACCCUGGCCUGCCUGGUGCUAGAGGACCUCCGGGACCGCUUGGAAAACCUGGAGCCUCAGGACCACAUGGCAGCAAAGGAGAAAAAGGUGACAUGGUUGUGUCCAGAGUUAAAGGACAUAAAGGAGAAAGAGGUCCUACUGGACCCCCAGGAUUCUCAGGGCAGCAGGGUCAGGAUGGUCAGGAUGGACAUCCUGGAGGAAGAGGAGACCCAGGACCCCCAGGGGACCAUGAAGAUGCAGUCCCAGGAGAUAAAGGGUUCCCUGGACCCCCAGGGCUCCCAGGCAGAGAAGGACCUGUGGGGCCACCAGCUCAAGGAUUUCCUGGUCCACCAGGAGAGAGAGGGAGACCGGGAGCCCCUGGUCGCCCUGGAGCAAGAGGACUUGAUGGCAUGAAGGGCCAAAAAGGUGAUACGAUUCUUUGUAACCUCACCUACCCAGGGAUGCCAGGCCUCCCGGGUGUUAAAGGACCUCCAGGUCCAAAAGGAUUUCCUGGUUCCCAGGGUGCUCCGGGGCCAGUGUGUUUUGAUGGACUGAAAGGCCGGCGUGGCCAACCGGGGACAUCCAAGAUGCCGGGCCCACCUGGUUUCCGUGGUGAGGUGGGAGACCCAGGCUUUGAAGGUGAAAUGGGAUCCUCCCUGGCUGGACCUCCAGGCUUCCCUGGUUUACCUGGCACAGAUGGUCAGAAAGGCGCCCCCGGGGACCCAGCUUAUGGCUACCCAGGGCCUCCAGGAAAUAGGGGCUUGUCAGGAGCUCCAGGAAUGAAAGGACUCAGGGGUCUUCCAGGUCUUCCAGGGGCUGCAGGGCCAGCGGGCACUCCAGGACGUCCAGGUCUCAAAGGUCCUAAAGGCAGAGAGGGAAGUGCUGGUUUUCCAGGUAUUCCAGGCCCACCUGGCCAUUACUGUGAAAGAGGUGCUCCGGGGACCCCAGGGCCACCAGGACUCCCUGGGGCUCCAGGCAGUCCAGGUGCCCCCGGCUGGAAAGGACAACAAGGGGACAGAGGGCCAUCUGGACCGAUUGGAAUGAAGGGUCUUCCUGGAGGCCCAGGACGACCAGGAGUAGAUGGGCUUCCAGGACCACCAGGAAUUCCAGGCCCCAUUGGGGAUGAUGGAUUACCUGGCCUCCCAGGCCCACAGGGACCUCGAGGUCUGCCUGGCGUCCCAGGUUUUCCGGGGGAGAGAGGACUAGCUGGUGCAGAUGGACAGCCGGGCCGAAAAGGAGACCCUGGAUAUCAAGGCAGGCCGGGGCUUCUGGGAGACCCGGGGCCGAGAGGUGCUCAAGGAGAAAGAGGACCCCCAGGAGAUAAAGGAGAAAUCGCUGUAAUUUCCAAAAAGGGGAAAACUGGAGAACCAGGACCACCUGGAGAUGAUGGGGCCCCAGGGAAACAAGGUGAUAAGGGAAGUCCAGGGAUGCAAGGAGGAAGAGGAGAUCCAGGAAGACCCGGGCCUCCCGGAGUACACAGAGGGGAGCCUGGGAGAGACGGACAGCCAGGGCUUGCUGGCCUCCCAGGCCCACCUGGCCAUCCUGGCCUGCCUGGGAUCCUUGGCUUCCCUGGAUUUCCAGGUGAUCAGGGUGAUCCGGGUUCGCCAGGCCUCCCUGGACCUUCAGGACUGGAUGGAGCAAAAGGACCUAAAGGAAUCCGUGGUGAUCCUGCCAGUCAGAUUGGUCUCCCAGGUCCAAAGGGUGAGCCAGGCGACCUCGGAUGUCCAGGGCACGUUGGAGUCCCUGGAGAUCGGGGCUUGCCUGGUGUUCAAGGGCCCCAUGGACCACCUGGAAGGCCGGGACUGCCAGGCUCAUUCGGACCACCAGGGUGUCCAGGUGGUCAUGGGGCACCUGGACAGAGAGGACAUCCAGGAGAAAGAGGGGACCCUGGGUCAAGAGGCCACAUUGGACAUCCAGGGGCACCAGGUCCUCCAGGAAUGAAAGGUCCCUUGGGGUCUCCUGGCCUGAACGGCUUGCAUGGUCUGAAGGGUCAGAAAGGAAGCAAAGGUGCUUCAGGUUUGCAUGAAGUGGGCCCGCCAGGUCCAGUGGGAAUGCCUGGGCAGAAAGGGGAGAGAGGAGACCCUGGGAGCCCAGGACUUUCUCCUCCAGGCCUUUUUGGAGAGAGAGGUCCUACAGGUCCCCCAGGAAGACCAGGGCCACCUGGUCCUGCUGGCAGCCCAGGAAUUGCUCCUACAGGUGACAUUCCUGACCCAGGUCCACCAGGAGACCAGGGCCCUCCUGGUCCUGCUGGUCCGAGAGGUGCUCCAGGGCCUCCAGGCACCCCUGGAAGUGUGGACUUCCUGAGGGGGGAUCCUGGUGAGUGUGGCCUCCCAGGGCUCCCGGGUCCCCCAGGCCCACCAGGCCCUGCAGGACACAGUGGUUUCCCAGGAUGUGAUGGGAAUGACGGCCCAAAAGGACCAAUGGGACUCCCAGGACCACAGGGGCCAAAUGGACUUCCUGGGCCACCUGGAGACAAAGGCUUACCUGGACCCCCAGGCCGACAAGGGCCCCCAGGGCCUGAAGGUCCCAGAGGUAAACCUGGGCUCCCUCCAGAUCCUGAUGCCUGUCCCCGAAUCCCGGGGCUUCCUGGGGUCCCAGGCCCGAGAGGACCAGAAGGAGCCAUGGGGAUCCCCGGAAGCAUUGGUCCCCCAGGCCCAGAAUGCAAAGGAGAGCCUGGGCUGGAUGGCAGGAGGGGCAAGCCUGGCACUCCUGGGGUUCCCGGGUCCCCCGGACACAAGGGCGACAUGGGCGAAGCUGGCUACCCUGGAGCACCAGGCCCUCCUGGUCCCACUGGGGAUCCUGGGCCCAAAGGCUUUGGAGCUGGAUACCUCAGCGGCUUCCUCCUGGUGCUCCACAGUCAGACGGAUCGAGAGCCCUCCUGUCCGGCGGGCAUGCCCAAGCUCUGGACGGGGUACAGCCUGCUGUUCCUGGAGGGCCAGGAGAAAGCUCACAAUCAGGACCUUGGCCUGGCGGGGUCUUGUCUCCCCAUGUUCAGCACGCUGCCCUUUGCUUACUGCAACGUCCACCAAGUGUGUCACUACGCCCGGAGGAAUGACAAGUCCUACUGGCUGGCCAGCGCCGCGGCCCUGCCCACGAGGCCGCUGUCUGAAGAGGACGUCCGCCCCUACAUCAGCCGCUGCGCCGUGUGCGAGGCCCCAGCCCAGGCGGUGGCCGUGCACAGCCAGGACCAGACCAUCCCGCCAUGCCCCCCGGCCUGGAGGAGCCUCUGGAUCGGGUACUCGUUCUUGAUGCACACAGGAGCUGGUUCCCAAGGUGGGGGGCAGGCCCUCACAUCCCCAGGCAGCUGCCUGGAAGAUUUCAGAGCAGCGCCCUUCAUCGAAUGCCAAGGCCGCCAGGGCACAUGCCACUUUUUCGCCAAUGAGUACAGCUUCUGGCUGACAACAGUGGAUCGAGGCAUGCCAUUCUCUGCACCAUCACCAGACACCUUAAAGGACAGCCAAGCUCAGCGCCAGAAAGUCAGCCGAUGCCAGGUCUGUGUGAAGUACAGCUAG